AUGAGCCACGAGAGCAUAGAACUAUUUGUUAUGUUAGAUUUAAUGGGUUCAUUGAACAAUGAAUUAAGAAGAAAAAUCGUUCUUAUUGACGUUGAUAGUUCAGAUGAUGAAUUUGAUUAUGAAUUCAUCGAUCGCUUACGGCGUAAUAGAGUAAAACCUUUUAGAGUGCAAGAUUUUAUCUCUCAGGCAAUUCCAAAUUUUACACACAAACAAUUUCAACAGCACUUUAGGUUGUCACCAACCUCGUUUGAAAGAUGUUUGCUUAUUUGUGCUCCCCUUCUACAGAAAACUUGUGUAGAAGGACGUAAAGGUUCGGACGAAAGGCUUCAACUAUUGUCAGUUAUUUGGUUACUGGCUACGCCAGAUAGUUUUCGAUCAGUUUCUGACAGAUUUGAUAUUGGUAAAAGUUCCCUGCAUGAUAGUUUUGUCCGUGUAACUACUGUUUUAUAUAGAUUAUCCCCAACAAUUAUUAAUUGGCCCGAAGUUGAACAAAUUAAUCAAAUUCAACAAAAUUUUGGUAAGAUGUCAAAGACUUGUCUGAAUAAUAUAAUAGGUGUUAUUGAUGGAUCUUAUAUUCCAAUACCUGCACCUAAGAAGUCAGCUAAUUCUUAUCUUACAAGAAAAUGUUUUCAUGCAAUAACAUUGCAAGCUGUAUGUGAUGAUAAAUUGAGAAUCAUUGAUGCAUUUGCUGGUUAUCCUGGAUCUGUAGGUGAUAGAAGAAUAUUCACAAACUCUAUAAUUUAUGAACGAAUUUCUCAAAACAAAAAUAGAUAUGCUCCAGGUCAAUAUUUCAUUGCUGCAGAUAAGGCAUAUCCAAUACUGGAAUGGUGCAUUCCACCAUAUAUUGAUCGAGGUAACCUUUCUGAACAAGAAAAGUUUUUUGAUGUUUCAUUGUCACGUGCUAGACAGUCUAUUGAAAGAUGCUUUGCACUGUUAAAAGGUCGUUUUAGACGUUUGAAGUAUUUAGAUAUGAAAAAAGUAGAACUGAUUCCACAAACUAUAAUUGCUUGUUGUGUCCUGCAUAAUAUUUGUUUGCAGUUUGAUGAUAAUCAAUGGAUGAAUAAUUUGAUUUCCGAACAACAACCUAAUAUUGGUGACGAUAUUACUGCUGAGCAAUUAACUUGUUACAUAGAAAAUACGCAGUCUGGCUGUAUGAAAAGAGACCAAAUUAUGGUUUCUUUAACUUAA